GUUCGAAAUAUAUAUCGACAAACUAUCAACAAAAACAAGAUGCCUAACGUCAAUCUCGCUCGUUACAAUGGAAAAGAAGAAUACCCAGAUUUGGAAAAACACAACAAUCACAUGGCUCACUGCCUUACCGAAGACAUUUACAAAAGGAUGAGAAGCAAGGAAACACCCAGCGGAUUUAACAUCGACGACUGUAUUCAAACUGGUGUCGACAACCCAGGUCACCCUUUCAUUAUGACGGUCGGUUGUGUAGCAGGAGACGAGGAAUCGUACGAAACAUUCUCUGAAUUAUUCGACCCAGUGAUUGAAGCCAGACACAACGGUUACAAGAAAACAGAUAAACAUAAGACCGAUCUCAACCCAGAAAACUUGAAGGGAGGAGAUAAAUUAGACGAGAAAUAUGUUUUGUCUUCCCGUGUACGAACCGGACGAAGCAUUCGCGGAUAUUGCCUUCCUCCACACUGUACCCGCGCUGAGCGCCGAAAGGUCGAAGAAAUUUCGUGCGAAGCUCUUGCCAAGCUUGAUGGAGAAUUGAAAGGAAAAUAUUAUUCACUGGCUAAGAUGACUGAUCAAGAGCAAGAGAAACUCAUUGCAGAUCAUUUUCUUUUUGACAAGCCAGUCUCCCCAUUGCUUCUAUCUUCUAAAAUGGCCCGAGAUUGGCCAGAUGCUCGUGGAAUUUGGCACAACGACAAGAAAAACUUUCUUGUCUGGAUCAACGAAGAAGAUCAUUUGAGAGUUAUUUCGAUGCAGAAAGGAGGGAAUAUGAGAGAAGUUUUCUCUCGUUGGUGCGAGGGACUUGGCGAGUUUGAAAAGCAUAUCAAGUCGGCUGGGUACGAAUACAUGUGGAAUGAGCACCUCGGCUACAUCCUGACUUGUCCAAGCAACUUGGGUACUGGAGUUCGUGCGGGCGUUCAUUUGAAAAUCCCCCUACUUUCUCAACAUCCAAAAUUCGAAAUGCUUCUUAAGAAACUCCGGCUUCAAAAACGGGGAACUGGCGGAGUAGACACCGCGGCUGAAGGCGGUACUUUUGAUAUCUCAAACGCUGAUCGACUGGGAUUCUCCGAAGUAGAACUAGUCCAAAUGGUAAUAGACGGAGUAGAAUUUAUGAUCAGCUGUGAGAAGAAAUUGGAAUCCGGACAGAACAUCGACUCAGACGUCGACAAACAGAAGCAAAAGUAGACUGAUGCACCCACUAUCUUUCACAAAAGUUUACGGUCCUCAUCUACAUUUAUCAUAUAGAUAGAUUAUGCUAUAAUGUCUGCAACUAUUAUAAUAUAUUACCUGCAUGAUUUACCGGUUAUUUAUCGAUAUUAUCACACCCCAUAUAUUUAUUUGUCACAUUCACGGAAUAUAUUUGUUUCGGCUAUUUAAUUAGUAUGACAUUUCCAUAUAAGUAAUUAUAAACAUUUAAAUAUUUAUUUUUGGUUCUAAAUAUGUGAUUUUUACUAGUA